AUGUCUACCGAAGUAGCUGAAGUUCAGCUUCAAGUGCGGUUUAUAACCAAACAAGAACAAUAUGCUGUACCAGACAGUCCAUACGCUAUACAAAGCAACGUCCAAGUAGCAGAUUUGAAUACUUUGGUUAAUGCUUUGUUGAAAGAGACCAAUGCUUCAAUAGAAAAGGCGGUAGAGUUUGACUUUCUAGUAUGUGGGGAACUGUUGUGUUCGUCACUCUCAGAACACCUGCAGGAGAAAGGUGCAUCGACAGAAGAUACAUUGGAAAUAGAAUAUCUUGAAAGAUUCCCGGCGCCAUCACCUCAGGACUGUUUGAUGCAUGAUGACUGGGUGUCUACAGUACAUGCACAUACUAACUGGAUUUUAUCUGGUUGCUACGACAACAGUAUACAUAUUUGGAGCACUAAGGGUCAACAUAAACUGGCCAUUCCGGGCCACACAUCUCCCGUCAAAGCAGUUUCUUGGGUAUCUUUUGAAGGUGACCAAGCAGUGUUUGUCAGUGGUUCUCAUGACCAGUCAGCGAUGUUAUGGGUGUGGAAUGUUCCUCGUAACUCUGUGGACUGUGUGGUGACCUGCCGUGGUCAUGAGAAGGGUAUUGAGUGUCUUGCAGUGUCUGCUGAUGCUACCCGCUUUGCGACUGGCAGUUGGGAUAACAAUGUCAGCUUAUGGAGUACCAGUCUAACAGAGGAAGACAGUGCACCUGCAAAGAAAAAAAGUAAACCAGACCAUGGAAAAGCUAGGGAGCCAUUAACCACAUUGAAAGGCCAUCGAGAAGCAGUGUCAGGUGUACAAUGGAUGGACUUUAACACUGUACUGUCCAGUGGGUGGGACCAUCUGUUGAAACUGUGGGACUGCGAACUAGGUGGCAUCAAGCAGGAAAUUGCUGGCAAUAAAGCGUUCUUCGACGUGGAUUGGUCUCCGCUAAACAACAGCAUCAUUACGGCGUCAGCAGACCGACACAUUCGUCUUUAUGAUCCUAGAUCUACAGAGAGUAUUGUUAAGACAACAUUCACUUCACACACUGGUUGGGUGCAGUCCGUCCGUUGGUCCAAAACGCGAGACACAUUGUUCCUGUCAGCUGGUUACGACGGUCAAGUUAAACUUUGGGAAACUAGAAGUCCGCGUACACCUCUAUACGACUUGAGUGGCCACGAAGACAAAGUACUGUGCUGUGAUUGGUCCAACCCUUCGCUGCUGGUCAGCGGAUCCUGCGACAACACGCUUAGGAUAUUCAAAGCGAAACACUACGAGACCGCGUGA